UAACCAAAACAGAUUUAUGAAACGCAGAGUGAGAAACAAGGAAUCCUUAUUCCUCAAGGAAGGGCAAUAAAUCUGUUUCCUACUGGCGUUGUCAUGUUUAGACCAUAUGACACGUGAACCAAUCACGCAGGAGCUCAAAAAGUCAGAACUCUUUUAGGGUCUCACACUGAUACUAGAGGCCUCACUGUUCAUUCUCACUCGCUCGUUGCUUUCGAGAUGUUGAAGGUUAUGUCAUUUGUAUAACAUGGCGUCAAACGAGAAUAAUAGUUUCCAAAAGACGUUGGAGUAUCGGAUUUUCGAGUGCUCUAGCUUUUGUUCCACCUUCGUACCUGAAAAUAUCCUUGUCGACAAACCAUCGGAUCAGACGUCACGUUGGUCUUCUGAGCUUGAUAGUCACCCACAGUAUAUUCUUCUCAAACUACAACGCUUUUCCAUCGUCGAAACUAUUACUUUCGGCAAAUAUGAGAAAAGCCAUGUGUGCAAUAUGAAGAAGUUCAAAGUGUAUGGUGGAAUGGAUAUCGAAAAUAUGACUGAGCUUCUUGACAGUGGACUGAGGAAUGAUUCUAUGCCAGAAACGUUUGAACUGAAACACACCGUGGGAUCUGAGGAGAAUUUCCUACCUCUCCGAUAUAUCAAAAUCCUUCCAGUGUUGUCGUGGGGUUCUAGUUUUAACUUUUCUAUAUGGCAUGUCAAAUUAGUUGGCAUCGAUGAGCCUGAGAUCGUGAAACCUUGCUUGGAAUGGGUCAAUAUGUACCGACAGAAGGAAAUAAUAAGACUGUGCAUGAAACAUUUUCGACGAUUGCAACAACCAGAAAUUGUAGAGACCUUGCAAAAGAUCACUGGAGUCCCUCUGGAAGAUACACGAUUGUCGACGUUGUAUGAUCUGCUGGUCGUGAAGGGCGACCAUUUACAGGCGGAACGUUUUAUCAGUAACGCAGUCAUGGUGGGGCUCUUAAACGAUUAUAUCAAUGCUCAAACUUAUAGAGCAAGUUGGACGAAGCUAACGUCCAGCGACCCUAAGCCCGGGAUGCGAGGGGGUCAUCAGAUGGUGCUCGAUCCUACGGCCGAAGUGCUCUAUCUCUUUGGCGGAUGGGACGGAAACCAGGAUCUCUCCGAUUUGUGGUCGUACGAUAUUGCAGCCGGCAAGUGGAUGCUCAUAUGCAAGGAUACCGAAAUGAUGGGCGGUCCAUGCGCGCGUUCGUGCCAUAAAAUGUGCCUAGACCCAAAGAGACGGCAACUAUUUACGCUCGGAAGAUAUCUGGACACUCAAUACAGAACCUGCGAAAAUCUGAAAAGCGACUUUUAUGUUUAUGACAUCGAGUCCAACAAGUGGACGUUGAUCACAGAGGACACGGGAGCCGUAGGCGGGCCCCAACUGAUAUUCGACCAUCAAAUGACUAUGGAUAUAGAGAAGCGCACUAUCUAUGUUUUCGGCGGACGAGUGCUACUUGCUCCAAACAAUUCGGAUGAUCAUGGUUUAUUGCAUCCAACGGAACCAGUUUUCUCGGGAUUGUAUUCAUAUCACGUACCAACUGGAACUUGGGACAAAUUAGACUGUGAUACUAUUGAUAAGUGCUCACGUGAUGUACCAAAAUACCGAUCUCGAGCUGGACACUCUAUGCUAUUUCAUCCAAGAUCGAGAAAAUUGUACGUAUUUGCGGGCCAACGAGGUAAAGAAUACCUGAGUGACUUUUUCACUUAUGAAGUGGACACACAUCAGGUUGAAUACAUAAGCCUGAACGAGUUUGGUACGAGAGACUCUAACCACGUGCCCGCGGCUGGAUAUACACAAAGAGCGACUAUCGACCCUGAGCUCGACGAGAUUUACGUUCUGUCGGGCUUAAGCAAAGACAAAGAUAAGAGAGACGAUAAUGUACAAAAUUCGUUUUGGGUGUACACCAUCCAGAACGGCAAGUGGACUUGCAUAUACCGCAACGAGAAUGCCGGCGAGAAGUAUUGGAGCAAGAUGCAAGAUUACGAGCCGUGUCCGCGAUUCGCGCAUCAGAUUGUUUACGAUCAUACCAGGAAGGUUCAUUUUUUGUUCGGUGGUAAUCCAGGCAAGACUUGUCUUCCAAAUUUAAGACUCGACGACUUUUGGCAAUUGGAGCUACGUCGUCCCACACACGAGCAAAUCCUUAAAAAAUGUAAGAUGAUCAUCAGGAGGCAUAAAUUUCAGGAGCUCGCUCUAAGCAGCAGUAUAGAAGCUCUCGAAUAUCUGCAGACGAGAGUCUACGAAAUUAUCGAUCACAACGAUAUGCAACAAACAAAAGAGUUUCAAUCGUUGACUUCGAUCUUAUUCCAAGAGCGAAACGACACGUCAGUGGAUACAUCCAAUCCAAAUACGUCUAACGAUAUUUUGAGCGAUUUGGCCGCUGGCAUGACACAACAGCAGUGCACGAAGUCACGUAACAUACAUAAUCUGAGAACCGAACUCUACGAUAAACUUGCGGAAUUCUUUCCCGAGUCGUUAGCCCAGCCACGGGCGAACCUAAUCGAUCUCUUACCGUUAUAAUACGAUAAAAGUCUCAAAACGAUGGAUUGUUCUGGUAUAUCUCUUAUUCUCUUUCCCGAUUACUUUUCUGUUCCUGCCAUUUGCCGACAAAAGUACUUGCUGUCAAGCGAUCUUGUUUUUUUCAUAGAUUAACGACGAGCUUCGCCACGGUAUAACUUUAGUUUUUUCUACUUUUGUUUCAAUACUAAUCGCAGGAAAAAGGUUAAGCGUUGUUUAUUCAGCGCUAUUUUUCGAAUUUUAUUUGACAGUCCACUGUUUUCUGACAAUUUUAUUUAUUUUGUU